AUGAGGGUCACCCCUGUGGUUCCCAUCAGGGACCGGAGCGUCCUAUACAAGUGUGCAGAGGAGUGUGCUUGUCAGACUGUACAAAAGGGUCAGGAAGAGAGAUGUGGCAUUGUAGUGCCUGGAGGGUGUGCACAGAGUAGCCACGAAUGCUUAGUUCUCUUUCUUUGUCGUUUGGUUCUGGCAGGGGAGAAGCCAGGCACGGAGCAGGAUGAAGUUAAGCUGCAGAACGCCAGCAAGCAGAUAGUGCAGACUGCUAUCCUCCGAGCAGUGCAGCAGGUUUCCCAGGAGAGCCAGCAACAGGAGAAGCGAACAAACAGCAGUGCGAGCCUCCAGCUAGAACGAGGAAAAUUAACCAAGAAGCAUGAAAAGAAGUAA